UCUCUCUCUCUAAAACCCUAUUCUCUCUCUCUCUCUCUCUCUCUCUCUCUCUCUCUGUAGAAAGUUGUAUUAUAUAGAUUAUGGCGAAGGAUAUGGGGGUGGCGGAGCAGGGGUCUUACUCCGCCAAGGACUACCAGGAUCCGCCACCGGCACCGCUAAUCGACGCGGAGGAGCUGACCAAGUGGUCGUUUUACAGGGCUCUGAUUGCGGAGUUCAUUGCCACGCUUUUGUUCCUUUACAUUACGAUUUUGACGGUGAUUGGUUACAAGAGCCAGGUUGACCCGGUCAAGAAUGCUGACCAGUGUGGCGGCGUUGGGAUUCUCGGCAUAGCUUGGGCUUUUGGUGGCAUGAUCUUUGUGCUUGUUUACUGCACUGCUGGAAUUUCUGGAGGACACAUAAACCCAGCAGUGACAUUUGGGCUGUUCUUGGCUCGAAAAGUGUCGCUGAUUCGAGCAGUGAUGUACAUAGUGGCUCAGUGCUUGGGUGCCAUAUGCGGAGUUGCGCUUGUGAAGGCCUUCCAGAGCUCCUACUACGAAGUCUACGGCGGCGGCGCUAACGAGCUCUCCCCCGGCUACAGCAAGGGCACCGGCUUGGGCGCCGAGAUCAUCGGAACAUUCGUACUCGUCUACACGGUCUUCUCCGCCACCGAUCCGAAGAGGAGCGCCAGAGACUCCCAUGUCCCUGUAUUGGCACCACUUCCAAUUGGGUUUGCUGUGUUUAUGGUUCACCUAGCCACCAUUCCGGUCACCGGCACUGGCAUCAACCCUGCUAGGAGCCUUGGAGCUGCUGUUAUUUACAACCAAGAAAAGGCUUGGCAUGACCAUUGGAUGUUUUGGGUAGGACCCUUCAUUGGUGCAGCCAUUGCAGCCUUCUACCACCAGUUCAUCUUGAGAGCUGGAGCCAUUAAAGCUCUCGGGUCAUUCAGGAGCAGCUCCCAUGUCUGAUUUUUCAGAAAGUUAAAAAAAGAGAAUAAUAUUGGAGGGGUGCUUGAGUCUGUGAUCUGGAAGUCUCUCUCUCUCUCUCUCUCUCUCUCACUACAUCACUAUUCAAGAUUUAAGGGUAGUUGACAGCAAUUGAGAACCAUGGAAAUAUAGAUGGAAGUCUCCUUGGAAAGGGAAAUCUUUUUUUUGGGUAUGCCUUUUGAUUGUCUUAGCUGUUAGAAAGGGAAAUCUUUUUUUUUUGUAGCCCUUUUGAUUGUCUUAGCUGUUAGUACUCUCUCCACCUUUGAAUCAAAAUUUGUGUUGUGAUCUGUUUUUGAAAUUUCUUUUCCAUCCUUCUUUGUACU